CUAUAGUAAAGACUGUGCUCCUGGUUGAUCGGUUGUUCGCAAGAGAAAAAUGGCGUUUGCAGAAGCGAUUUCGAAUGAGAUCGAUGACUUUACGAGAGACGAACCUGCUCCGUUUGAUGACGAUGAUCCUUUUGAUCUUCCACCUCCUUUACCACCGCUUUCUCCUCAUCGCGACGAAGACAGAAUGAACCAAAAUGGCGACGCUUUAGUAGGAGAUCAGCCGGAUGAAGGCGAAGGAGGCAAGAAAGAGUCAAACACGAAGCGGAAAAUAAAGAGAUCGCCGAGACCGAAGCUAGACGAAAUCAGGCUGUGCGGUGACCGUGGUCUUCCAGCUCUAACCCACCUUUGUGAUGGAAUCAAGUUCAAAGGGAAAGGUCAUGAGGCCUCAGAUCUGAAGCUACUGUUACAGCGUUAUGAAUACUGGGCACAUCGCUUGUUCCCAAAGUUUCCUUUUGCAGAUGUUGUAGAUCAAGUGGAAAAGUUGGGCAGUAAAAAGCUAGUUCAAAACUGUAUCAAGAGAGUUAGGCGAGGUGAAGAUGACAUGAUUGAUGAUGGAGAAAAAUCAGAAACAGAGCUUGAUGCACAAGAUGGUGUAUCCAGGGAUGAUAGAACACAGUCACAAGUUCCUGCUACUCCUGUUUCAAACAUUGUUCAACCAUUUGGUGUACAAGCUGAGCCAAGAAAUGGGAUGGUCAUUUUGACGCCUGAACAACAAGAACGAAUCCGUCUUAAUAGAGAGAGGGCAUUGACAAAACGCAAAGCUGCUCAGGAGAAUCAGAUUGCACAAGAAAACACUCCAAUAAAUGAACAGAUAACCAUCAUCGAGGAACCUGCGAAGUCCAUUGAUGUUUUGGAAACUGUCAAAGACGUUGACAGUGGAGCAGGAAGUGUAGGAGUGGAGCACGAUUCUUCGGUGCAGGAAAACGAUGUGGAAAUGUUUGAUGAUCAUGUGGAUAUACCUGUAGAUAUUCCGUUACCUGAUGGCGGAAACUCAGAAUCAGCUGAUGGCGCAGGAAUGAGCAUAUCUAUGGCUUGGGAGAACAAGAAUAUGAGAGAGGAAGACACUGAAAUGGAAAAUGCAGAAACAACAACGUACAUUGAAAAUAGUAAUGAUAUUGCUCAAAAUGGAGAAAACCUUCCCACAGUGCAAGACGUGGUUGUCAGUGAAAUCACAAAAGAAAAUGACUUGUCUAUCUUUGCCAACAAAGGAAAUGCAGAUUCAGGCUCUACCUUCUGUGAAGACGAAAUGCCUUCUUCUUCACGGGAGGGGGGUAUCCAGCAAAAAGGGGCACAAGAAACAUCAGAAACGGGGCCCUCAGAACAAGCUCCCACUGAUGCGGAAGUGGAACCAAUAUGGUAAAUUUAAAUGUUCGGGAUGUUCACAAACGAAAAGCUUCUAUGAAUUGUUCGUCUUAGGUUAAGAAUUUCCUCUAUAUUUGUUUGGAUAGGUUUACACGUACAACGUAAGCUCAAUACCAAACAGCGGUCAAACGAUUGCACAUGUGCGAACGUUGUAUGGCUAAUUGGCGUGCUGUCAGAACCAAGUUUUCUUACUGGAAUUAUAAUCAACCACAUAAGCCAGUAAGUCACGUUGUUUUUUAAGGCAUACGACGUUUCUGAUAAAACUCAAAACAGAAUGGUAAAUCAACAAGAUACCCUUACUUGAAUAAGCUUUGUGUUCGGAAAGUCUCAAGUUUUUUUUUUUUUCCUAUUUUUGUUUUCUUCUACUGAUUUCUAUGAAAGUUCUAAUUUUAUUUCGCUUAUUUUGUGACAGCAGUCGUAUUUUGUUUUCCUUUACAAUAUUUCGCGGGAAAUUGGUGCGCAGCCGGCCAGGAUUCGUUCCCUCGCGCAUGCCCGCGACGUCUAUGUUGCUCAAGACCAAGCAACAUGCGCAUUAUUUAAUCAGCAAUGACCACUGGUGUCGUGUCACUUGUUUUUUUGUUGAAGUUAAGAAUUAGAGCCUUACGACGAAAAAAAGCGAGGCACACCAACGCUACGACAUUUCUCCACCUUAACCUACUAAAGCGAGUCGCCGCGGUUCAAUUCAUUUCUGCGGUUAUUUUACGGGUUUAAAUUAUUUUGUAGGAAUGAUGUGCACCAGAAAGCUCCGCGUCACAAUAAGCGAAUUCUCACUGAUUUAAGUGAGAGAUUCCCAUCCUGCUUGUGUUUGUGAACCAUAGUGUUAGUGAGACCUUCGCAUCGUCGCCAUAGGGGAGGUAUAUUUUUGCUCAUCUCAGAUGCGGAGAAAAUCUAAAUUUUUGUAAAACCUUUGAGACCAACCGAGCUUCAUUUCUGACAAGUGGGACAAGUUAUAUCAUGAUUCACGGUGGGGCGUUGGUCAGGGUCCAUAAUCGUUGUGCGUGUUAACUUCACCUUUUACACACCGACGUAGACAUGAUUUACUAUCGUACUCAAAGGGAGAAUUUAUCUAACCAACGGAACCUUUAGUUUGCAAUCAUUUCUUUUACUUCUGUGACCUUAAUGUUUAAUUCAGUAUGAUAUUACUGGGAGAAAUGAUAUGCUGAUCAUUAUUUGGGGUCAAAGAGUUAAGAGAGCAAUUCCUACGCAAGUUGCCGUGUAGAUUUAAGACACUUUUCAUUCAAAUCAAAUCUUUAUUAUAUACAUGUACCGGAAUUCUUGAAUACUUUUGCACUCUUUUGCUUGAUAAUAAUAACAAAUAUUUACUAGCCCAUGGGAGGCAUUUACAAAACACCAUUGGUCAAGUAUCCCCCAGUGAAAAUUAAAAUAAAUACAAAACGAAACCCGUAACACCGGACCCAAAUUUAUGUCUUAAUAAACAACGGUAUAAAAUUGC